AGGUCAAAAGUUCAUAACCGUAUCAAAUGCUUUAUUGGACUAUAAAUGCCACUGUGCUGUUUGAUUCUCAGUUCUUUUUUCUAAACCUUCGUAACUAUUCUCGACGAACUGUUUGCCUUCUGAAUAAUCUAGCCUACUUAGAUCUAUUCAUUUAAUCUGCAUCCAGCAUUGCUGUGACGUGAAAAUGUUGAGACUUGUUCAACAACCAAGUUAUUUUGAUGAUGUUUUACCUCUAGUGCGCCUAGCAGACGAACUUGCUAGUGCUUAUCAUGAUCCUGGCUAUAACUACAGCGCUUCUGCAGGUGAUAGUAGAGCAGUAGCACGUCGUUAUGGGGAGUCAGAGGUUCACAACACUGACAAGGAAUUCCGUGUUCGAAUGGACCUACAUCACUACAAACCUGAAGAAGUGAAGAUAACCUCAGACAACACCAAGAUAACUAUUAAUGCUAAGCAUGAAGAGAAACAAGACAACCAUGGCUUUGUCUCAAGGGAGAUUACAAGAAUAUACAAAUUACCAGAGGAUGUUGAUCCAUCAUCUGUUUCUUCAACAAUGAAUUCCAAUGGUAUUCUCAACAUUAAGGUUCAGAAAAAGGCUCUAGAACCACCAAAAGAGACUGCCAUUCCUGUCACCUUUAAGUAAUUAGUACUGAGUGCAGUGUUUUCUACUCUGUUCUGCCAAUGUUCUUUGUUUAUUGACAAUUGUUCCAGUAUUAUUCCAAAGUUAUUGAUUCUAUAAAUAAGUUUUGUAAGAAAAAUGUUCUAACAUUUUGUUUUAUUUUUCAUAUUGUUACACAAUCUUUGUAUUUAUAUUUAUUUUGACUAAGAUAUUGCCAUUUUACAUUAUACAUGUUAAAUUAAUAAACUUAAGCUGAACUAGUUUCAGUUAUUUAUUUUCAGUUUA